AUGAACCAGGUCCAGGUCAUCGGAACGCACAAUUCAUACCAUCGGGAAUCUCCCUUGGAAGCCCGCGCGGUGCAAUCUCAACUACUUCCAAACGUUAUAAACUACUACUACUCCCACGCGACCCUCGACAUACAAGCGUCAUACCAAUCCGUCCGCAGCUUCGAGCUCGAUAUCUUCGCCGACCCCGAUGGAGGCCGCUACGCGAAUCCCCUCGUGAUCCGGAACUCGAGCACGGCGCUACCACCCCAAGACAUCAUGAACAAGCCCGGCGUAAAAAUCCUCCACGUAGCCGACGCCGACGUAUGGCCAAGCUGCUACACCCUAAUCGACUGCCUAACCGUCGUCAAGACCUGGUCACAAGCACACCCGGACCACGUCCCAAUCCCCUUCAUGAUCGAAUUCAAAACCGCCGAAACCGGCACCGGCGGCUCCGUCCCCCCUCUCCCGUGGAACAACAGCGCCCUGCUAGACUCUCUCGACGCCGAGAUCCGCUCCGUCUUCCCUCCCUCCAAACUCAUCACAGCAGACGACCUGCGCCGCCCGGACCUCACCCUCGAAGCAUCCGUGCUGCAACACGGGUGGCCGGACCUCGACUCCGCGCGCGGCCGCGUGCUGUUCCUCAUGGACAACGCGCCGGGCCCCAUCCGCGACGUCUACACCUUCAACCGCCCGAACCUCGAGGACCGCGUCAUAUUCACGAAUUCCGUCCCCGGGUCGCCGGACUGCGCGUUCCAGAAACUGAAUGACCCGCGCGGGGAAGCGAAUCUGGCGAAUAUACAGGCGCAGGUGCGGGCUGGGUACUGGGUGCGCACGCGUGCGGAUGAACCGUUGACGACGAUUUUGGGGAACGAUAGGACGGCGAUGAGGGACGCGGCGUGGAGGAGUGGUGCGCAGAUCGUUAGGAUGUGUGUAACGAAGGAAAAAGGUGAUGGUCUGAGAUGCCUCGUCACCUACACGAGAACACCAGAGACGAUCAACAGCACAUUUUUAACCGAUUCAGAAGAUGCGACUCAGACAAGUAUUGUCAAUGAGCUUCUACUACAGGCUGACAUCAUUCAGAACAAGAUAUUCUACGCGCUCUUGGCAGCGUCUGGUUUCUUGUUCGUGGUCGCUGUUAUAUCAAUGCUCUUUCUCAAACGAUAUAUGAAGAGCAGCAAUCCAAACGCAUGGAAACAGAAAGCGCGAUUCAAGUCCGGCAUGCGUUUCUUCAUCCAAUAUGCAUUCGGUCUUGCAGUCGCAGCGGCAUUCUCGACUACACAAGUUACGGGUGCGUUGAACUUCGCAACAGGCGCGAUGAUGAAUCCCGAGUCUAGAGUCCUCAUUACAGGUGGAAAGGUUCUUGAAGUGAUUCAAUGGGCAAUAGUCGCUUUGCUGUGCUUAGUUCACCUCGCGACAUCUGCUAUGUCCUGCGCUGACGGCUCUGCAAUGAAGGGGGAUAUGCUUGAGGGGGCGUCCUUUUGA